UUCAUGUUUAUUUUAUUAAUGUGCCGAGGUUGUAUCUCGUUUUAUUUGUAUUGGUAUUGUUUUCCCUGAAUCAAGUUGGAACUGUGGCAUUAUUAAUUGUUUACAAAAAGUUACAAUUCAAAUUAAAUUAUCUUUACUAAAGAUUUCAUCACUACAAAAUGGAGCAUAUGCAGCAGCCACAGCAAACAAUUCCUCAUAUUGUUCAGGUGUACCAUCAGCCUGUAUCCACCACCAAAAUUCAGAAUCCUCAAAUAAUACACAUAUCGCACCCAUCUCUGCAGCCAUCCCAAGGAAAGUGACUUACCAGCAGACUAUCACAUCGAAAUCCUUACACAUACCGGUUACUCAUGUUCCGGAGAUCCAUAUGUCACAAAACCAUAUCGUUAUGUCAUGUCAGCAAACGCACUUGCAAAAUUUGCAGACGUUACAAGCACCGCAGGUCAUACAAAACACAGAUAUGGGUCAACCUUUACAUGUGAUACUACCGCAAGUGCCGUCAAUAUUGAAGCAGCAUUUGGUGUUGGGUGGAGUCCAACAGCCUUAUUAUGGACAGUAUGAGAAUUACCAAGAGGAACAGUGUGUUGUCACUAAGUUAGAACCAGAUGUACAUUUGCAAAUGUUGCCACCAAAACCAGUGGAGUUUAAACCAGACAAUAGAGUUGCUACAGAGACAGAGACUGCAAAUCGUCCUAAAAGGAUCAGAAAUCCCAAACCCAAUCCAGGUACAUGGGCUUGUAAUAUACGAAAAGUGAAGCAUCAAAGAGGCGAAGCAUACGUCAGCAGAAGAGGAAAAUAUGUCCCAGAGAGAAGAGUCAAAAAUACAAAGGACUGCCUCAAGUCAUGCAAAUACAAAUGCAGUGAGAGAAUCAGUGAUAUAGACCGAGAACACAUAUUCAAAGCAUUCUACUCUUUAAAUGCUAAUGAAAAGAAACAUUUUUUACUAAACACUACAGAAAGAAACUAUAUAAAACACAAAUCGGAUGAUGAAAGUCACAGAAGAAAACAUUCCUUUAAAUAUUUCUUCCUAGUUCGAGCAGUUAGACAUACUGUAUGUAAGAAUUUCUAUUUAGGUACACUAGCAAUAUCUCAGAAGCCUGUUUAUAAUGUGCAUCUUGGCAAAUCUGAGAUGAAUAUACCCAAACCUGAUGGUAGAGGCUUGUCCGAAGCCAGUGCUCAUUCCUUGCCUUCUGAAGUUAAAGACAGAGUGAGAAAGCACAUAAUGUCUUUCAGUACAGAAAAUUCGAAACCUGUCAAACAGUUUUCUAAAAGGAAACAAUUUCUUGAGUCUAAUUUAAGUAUAAAGCAAAUGUACACAAUGUAUUUUAAUGAUUGCAAUAAGGAUAAUGUUGUGCCUGUAAAAGAGUCUAUGUAUAGAAAGAUAUUUAAGCAAGAAUUUAAUUUGCAUUUUAGAAAAGUAAAGGCUGAUCAUCAAGUUUGUUGUAAGUGCAAAGGAGUAAUUAAGAAAAAAUGCUAAAAUAUUUAUUUGAGAGAUUUUAUAAAAUGGUCACUGGCCAUUUAGCGUAUUUUUUUGCCUUGAUGCAAUUCGGUAAUGUUUAUUUAACCACUAAAACUAUGUGGCAAAAUUUAAGUGUUUAUUGCUUCAAGUUUUAGCCACCGCCACACUACACGCAUGCACACACUUCUUCAAUAUUCCAAAUAAUCACUUUCUCAUUAUUGGGCUUACUACUUUAUUUUAGCUCUGAAAACCUUACUUGAUUUUAAUAGUGUCAGAUUUUUUUGAAUACCCCUAUUGU